AUGUCGCUGUUCGACCAGUUUGAGAAUGAAAGCACACAGCCGUCGCAAUUCGCGGCAACAGCUCGACGGCAGUCGACAAACCCUCCUGCCCAACCCCUGAUUGGAUACGUCAGCAUUCGGCCACAAACGCAACUCCUUCCCAUCUUCUCUCUAGAUCGCGUCCAAUUUCCAUUUCCCUUCGUCAACCUCGUUUCUUUGGCUGUUUCGAGCAACAUUCUACUCCUUGUCGCUGAAAGUGGUUCGAAUUCAUCGCGAAAAGAUGGUGCUGGGCAACGCUUGUAUCGGAUUGAUCUUGGGAAGUCCGACGCGAUUGAUGAAAUCGAGCCCGGGCUAAGGCAGAGGAACGACAAGAUACGCCGCGUCUUUCUGGAUCCCACCGCGAAACAUCUGUUGUUUUCAACGGAGAUGGGGGAUAACUACUACCUGUAUCAUCAUUGGCGGAAGCCAAGGGUACUUAACAAGUUCAGAGGUGUGCUGAUCGAGUCUGUCGCUUGGGGCAAAUCUGGAAGCGCAGGAGGUGUGCCCACGACAGGCGUGAUCCUGGUGGGAUCGAGGCAAGGGCAUGUCUUUGAAGCAGAGCUCCAGCCGACGGAUGAGUUUUUUAAGCGAGAAGAGAAGUACUUCCGUCAGGUGUACUCAAUACCGGAGAACAAUACACCAAUCAAUAGCAUCCGCUUUGAACAGUUCCCCGCUGUACCCAACAAAUACGUCGUAUUCCUCUCCUCUCCGAGCAGACUGUAUCAAUUCAUUGGGAAUGUGACGGAUAUCGACUCCGGGAGCAUGUUUACAGACUUGUUCCGGAAAUAUGAUGGACCAGGCAACAGCUUUCAGGAAAUGCCGGGAGAAUCAUUGCGAGGGGAACUUCAAUUUUGGUGCCAGUUUGUGCAAGCGACAGGAUAUCCUGGAGUACCAAAGGCGUUUGCCUGGCUUACUGGUUCGGGAUUAUAUUGUGGCGAUCUCGUAUUUGGGAACCAAUCGGGAGGUGAUAGCAUAGUCAACAAUGCUCAGCUUCUGCCGUAUCCGCGAUCAAACGAGAGCAGCCGGUCGAACUCAUCUACGGAUGGACCGUACGCACCGGGGGAAGUUCCGAUAUCUGUGAACAUCACCGAGUUUCACUUCUUGCUGCUGUACGAGAAUUAUUUCAAAGCUAUCAACAACCUGACGAAUCAAGUUGAUCACGAGGAGCAAAUACCUCUUGAAUUUGGUGAAUACGUCGUAGGUCUGUUCGUGGAUCCGAUCAAGAGCACAUAUUGGAUUUCCACGAACCUUGCACUGUACGAGCUCAUCAUGACUGAGGAGGACCGCGAUGUCUGGCGUAUAUACCUGGACCGGAAGAGUUUUGAUACUGCGCUUUCGCAUGCUAAGACUCCAGCACACAAAGAUAUCGUCAUCACCGCUCAAGCCGAGUACUACUACUCGCAAAAGCGAUACAUGCUCUCCGCAACGUAUUAUGCCCAAUGUGCAAGCCUUUCUUUUGAAGAGAUUGUCCUCAAGUUCAUUGAUAAGGAUGAAAGAGGCGCUCUGCACCAAUAUCUGUUACAGAAGCUCGGCCGCUUACGGCCGCAGGACUCGACUCAAAUCACUCUAAUAUCAACAUGGUUGGUAGAGAUUUUCAUCAACAAGUUGAAUAUCCUGCACGAUGAAUUACGAGACGCGAGCGUUCUGGUGGACACGCUCUCCAAAGAUGUCAACGUCGACGAAGCAUCGGAACAAGCAAAGUCGGAAAGGAAACGUUUGGAGGAAGAGGAGGCGGUUGCGCUAGACGAAUUCCGGCAGUUCCUGCAAAAGUACAAGGCCCGACUGGAUCUCGACACGACCUCGAAUAUCAUCGCUAGUCAUGGCCGGGUGCAGGAGCUGCUGUACUUUUUGGAACUGAUGGGUAACUUUGAGAAAGUCGUUACGUACUGGAUACAGGAGCAGGAAUGGUUGAAGGCACUUGGUGCAUUAGCGCGUCAGCCAUCAUCGGACCUGUACUACAAAUUCUCGCCCGUAUUGAUGGAUCACGCCCCAUAUGAGACCGUCAACUCUUGGAUACGGCAACCUAAUCUGAAUCCACGGAACUUGAUACCAGCACUGUUACGGUAUCAAGUGCGAGAUCGCAAUCAGGGGAAGCAAGGUGUUGAAGGCCAGAAUCAAGCAAUCCGUUACCUCACAUAUGUGACGCAAAAGCUGCAAAACACGGAUACUGCAGUGCAUAAUCUGCUAUUGUCGCUCUACAUAUCGCAAGCAAAGCAUAAUGACGACCAAGAGCUGUUGCAGUAUUUGAGCUCUCAGAGGGAAAAUCCAUAUUACGACCAGCGUUAUGCGCUGAGGCUUUGCAGCCAGCAUGGACUGCCUCAGGCUUGCGUUGUAUUAUAUGGCGCGAUGGGCAUGCAUGAACAAGCUGUUGACUUGGCGUUACAGUUGCAUGAUCUUGAGCUGGCUCAGAUCAACGCUGACAAGCCGGAAGAUGACGAGCUCCUUCGCAGGAAGUUGUGGCUGAAGAUUGCCCGUCACGUUGUUGAAGAGAAGCGCGACAUAAAACAGGCGCUAGCGUUCCUUACGCAAACGGCGGAUCUUCUAAAGAUCGAGGACAUUCUCCCAUUCUUCCCUGAUUUUGUUCUCAUUGAUGAUUUCAAGGAGGAGAUCUGCGUCGCGCUCGAAAACUACAAUGAGCAUAUCGAGGAACUAAAGGCCGAAAUGGAUGAGGCCACGAAGAGUGCGGAGAGCAUCAGGCUGGACAUCCGGGAUUUGCGGAAUAGGUAUACGGCAAUCCCUGUCACAGAGGAAUGCAACAUCUGUAAUGCUGCACUGUUGACAAGGCAGUUCUAUGUAUAUCCGUGCGAGCACGUGUUUCACGCGGAUUGCCUUACGGAUCAGACCAUCAAAAACUCGAACCCAACGAAAGCCAAACGCGUCAAAGACCUGCAAAGACGCAUCACGCAGGGAGUUGCCGCCCGUCGCGCCGGGCCAGCCACCGACGAAGGCGGAAUCAACCUGGCGUCCGCCAUGUUGGCGAUGCGGCUGGGGAAACCUUACGAGGCGGCUAUUGAGCCUGCCGCGGUCAAAACGGAAGUAUUGAAGGAGGAACUAGACGAUCUGAUCGCAGCGGAAUGCCCCCUCUGUGGGGAUUUGAUGAUCAAGAGUGUGGACAGACCAUUCGUGGAUGCGACGGAGAUGGAGUUGAUCCGUUCAUGGGAGCUGUGA